CCGGUUUCCUUCUCAUGAGCAGUCAGUUCGGUGUAUGUACAGCUUUUCAUUGUACCCUGUAAACAUUAGGUAUAAUAUAUUUGUGUGGAUGUUUUUUUUAACAACAUACUGCUCACCAGAAGUCACGGAACAGUAAAGUUAGUCUUUAAUCGAUGUUUUAUAUACGUGAUAAAUACCAGAUUUGUCCAUUGAUUUUUGACUGUCAUGUGGUAUGUCAUCAUAGUGCAAGGUGAUUUGAGGACAUACCUGGAUUGAUGCCGAGCAGAUUAAGAUGGAACUGUCUAAAUCUAUCACACACAAGAACGGGAGGAAGCGGAAGCCUGUGGUGCCCGGGUCAGACAUGGGUGAAAGGGAGCCCAGGCUGUCUGACUUAGAAGUGGACGGUGAUGAGGAAGCUCUGUUGCGGAGCUCGAACAGGGACAGCGGCAGUCCUAAAGUGCGAUAUGGAAUCCAAGGAGAACUGGGCAACGUGGCCCUCUUACUGUUCUUGUAUGUGCUUCAGGGCAUUCCCUUAGGCUUGGCUGGAAGCAUCCCUCUUAUCAUGCAGAGUAAGAACGUCAGUUACAAGGACCAGGCCUUUUUUAGUUUCGUUUUUUGGCCCUUCAGCCUAAAGUUGCUCUGGGCUCCCCUGGUGGACUCUGUAUACCUGCAGCAGUUUGGCAGGAGGAAAUCUUGGCUGGUGCCCACUCAGUACCUGCUAGGUCUUUUUAUGCUUUAUCUAUCCUUUACGGUUGACGCAAUGCUUCAGACAGAUGGGCAGAGAGGACCGGAUGUGAUCAUGUUGACUGCAGUCUUCUUCCUGUUAGCUUUCCUUGCAGCCACACAAGACAUUGCUGUUGACGGCUGGGCUUUGACCAUGUUGUCCAAGGAGAAUGUGGGUUAUGCUUCAACAUGUAACUCUGUGGGACAAACAGCUGGAUAUUUCCUCGGCAAUGUGUUGUUUCUUGCAUUAGAGUCUCCUGAUUUCUGCAACAAGUAUCUGAGGUUCGAACCCAAGGACCAGGGCAUUGUAACACUCUCAGAUUUCCUGUUUUUCUGGGGGAUUGUUUUCAUGGUGUCGACCACUCUGGUUGCUAUCCUGAAAAAGGAGAACGGCAGACGUCAACGUGUCAACAAAAUGCCUAGAGAAGAGAUUCAGGGUGUCAUGGAGACCUACAAGCAUUUGUUCUCCAUUGUUAAAAUGCCCACAGUCUUUACCUUCUGUAUCCUAUUGCUAACUGCUAAGAUUGGCUUUUCUGCUGCGGAUGCCGUGACUGGGCUGAAGCUAGUGGAAGCUGGGGUUCCUAAAGAGCAACUAGCCCUGCUUGCAGUUCCCAUGGUGCCUCUGCAGAUUCUGCUACCCCUAGUUAUUAGUAAAUACACAGCUGGUCCUCGUCCACUAGAUAUCUUUUAUAAGGCUUUUCCAUUCAGGUUACUGAUUGGUCUGGAAUAUGCCCUGCUGGUCUGGUGGACCCCAAGUGUUCAGCAUGAGGAGGGAUUCCCUGUGUACUACUAUGCAGUGGUGCUGCUCAGCUACGCUGCACAUCAGGUGGCACUAUAUAGCAUGUAUGUUGCGUGCAUGGCCUUUCAUGCUAAGGUCAGUGACCCUGUCAUCGGCGGCACCUAUAUGACCCUUUUAAACACUGUGACUAAUCUAGGAGGUAACUGGCCUUCUACUCUAGCUUUAUGGCUGGUAGACCCUCUCACCUUUAAAGAAUGCCAGGGAGCUCCUGGCCAAACAUGCAGUUCACUUGAAGAAGCAGGGCUCUGUGUCAGAGAGGGUGGGACAUGUAUAACAACAUUGGACGGUUACUACGUGGAGUCUGUGGUGUGUGUUGUGAUUGGUCUCUGCUGGUGGAUCUUUUUCGGAAAGAAGAUGACGCGAUUACAAGAAGAAAGCCCCUCGGCUUGGCACUGUAGAGUUACCAAAUAACAGAAUCUCUGCCGGACUUGGAGCUACUGUCGUUUUUUAGUUACUUUAUGCCUUGCUCUCUUAUGCCCCCUGUCUUUUCCACACUGAGCGACAGCGUGUGAUUUGUCACACUAUAGAAAGCCUGUGGACAGGCUUUAUUCUUUAAGGACUGAAAUGCUGAAAUAUACUGUACCAUUAAACAAUCACAGGUUUAAAGCCUGGAGAUUUAUACACUGUCAAUACAGCCAUAGUUUAUGUACAGAUUACGUACAUAAGCAUUUCUGACAUAAUCAAGCAUCUGUCUUAUGAUUACUUGAGUUGUCUGUGCCUUGUUUCCACUUUCAAAAUAUACAUUUUUAUCAUGUUUGCCUUUACUCCAGAAACGUAAUUGAGCUUUUCAGGACGGCAGCGAAAUAUUGAUUUGAAUUAUUGUCCCUAAGGCAUUACCAGUUGCAAAUGGAUAGAUCCCCAUUAAGCAUAUAGCCAUUUUCAUACAGAGAUCCCAGAAAAUACAUGGAAUAAUGUGUCCCAGGAUCAUUUGAUUUUUGUUUAUAUGUUGGGAUAUAUGCUUAAUAGGGACAUAUAUAUGGGAUUAGUUGGUGCUUAGAUCUGUUUCAUGAUUUUACAAGCAAGGCCAGGAAAAAAGUACUAAAUAGAUCAUUGGCGUAGAUAGCUAUUUGUCUUUUCAAAUGUUAUUUUAUGGCCAGUAAUUCCCAUUUAAUCUUAUUGAGCAUACUGUUUAUGCAGUCAGCGGUGUCCCUUGAAUUGUCUUUUUUUUCUAAACCAAAAAUGAAUGCUUAGGUUUUCUGUAUAUUAUGUAGACUUUAGCAGUGGAGCAGAAAGUCCACUGUAGAAAUCAGUUUACUGCAGUAAUGCGGUUGAUGUGGAUAUUUAUGAAAUCACCAGCACUGUAUAGGGUUUUGAUCCUCAAUUGUGUGUUGAUUUGUUUAUCUAGAUCAACAAUUUAAUGGUUAUAGAUUUUCAAAUGCAGUUGACCUCCCUUUUUUCAUUCAUUAAGUGCUUGCUUUCUUUAUGGGAAUUUAUGGGAAGACGGUACUGUUGCAUUGUUUUGACCUUUGUAAAUACAUGUAAACUGUUCCCUGGGUCGUUUUUAUUAACAUUCCCGAAGUGUAAUGUUAAAAAAUUGAAUCCUUGUAUGAAAAUAAAUGAAACGAAGAUUUGAGGUUGCAGC